UCUUAUUAGGUAUGAACUAACGAACGUAAAUUAUAUGUCGAUGUUUUUUUCACAUAACAAUGAAUACGUUAAAUACAACGAAAAAAAUGGACGAAGAAAUCGAAAUUUUAUUAUUAACAAAUUUUGUUAAAAAUGAAGUGUCUGAAAUACCACUUUGCAUACAAAAUAUAUUAAAUGGGAGAUAUGAAGAUGUCAUAAAUAGUGAAUUAUGUUCAAAUUUGGUUAAACCGUGUGACAAUACUGAUUUUUACAAGCUGAUACAUAACAGCAUAGAAGAAGAUGUUACCUUGCAUGAUUCUUGGCUAUGUGCUGGCAUAGCUUCUUUACUGUAUUUUAUACAAUGUAAUUGGACAGGAUUACAAAACAAUGAAGACACUGAUUGGUUAAAUAGUCAGGAAAAGAGUGCACUUCAAUAUUUAUCUUUGCACGAUGAAUGCAAUAAAAAUACAAAAAAGCCAGAGCUUCUUUAUUUUUCCAAAAUAAUAUUUUCAAACGAAAUAUUGCAAAACACUUAUAAGAGUUGUGUUUGGUGGUUAUUUAGAGUAAAUCUUUUACAUCAAUAUGUGUUGAAUGAAUGUUCUGGGACAAUAUUUAAUGAUACAGAACAAUUAAUUAAUAGAAUAAGGGAUUUAUCUAUAUUAAAAAACAACCACUGUAAAACCCUGUUUUUUAUUGAAGUAGCACAGUUUUACUUUUAUUAUAGAAGAAUUCAAAAUUCAGAAAAAUAUCUUGAGCUUGCACAGGAAACAGCAAAAUUAAGUUUAAGCCUUGAAGGUGCUCUAGGUAAGCGUACAAAAUAUCAAGAUGAAAACAAGGCCCAACUGUACUUAAAGACAGAUCUAAAAAAAGAUCAAUUUGCUUCAAGAUAUUGUGAAAAUGUACCAAAAUCUCUUGAUCUAAAUGAUGAAAUUAGAUUAGAACGCAUUGAAUUUACAGAAAAUGUAGAUAAUACCCAAUUAGGUGGAGUAGAGGAAGCUAUUGUAUUAACAAAAUAUGUCCAAUUGCAGUUAUCAUUACCAAAGGAUAAAUUAAUAGAUGAAGAAGUUAAACCUUAUCUGACUGUUGUGAUAGACAAUACAAAAAUUUGGUCUUUAAAAAUGUCUGCUCUUUAUAAUCGUUGUUUAUUGGAAUCUGCUGAUAAGAGAACUGUUGAAAGAUCAAUGAUGCAGAUGGAAUAUUUAAUACAUGAAUUAAAAAAUACAAAAGUUUCUGUUGCAUACAAAAUGGAUAUGUUUUUUGCAAGUGGCCUUAAGCCUAUUUGGGUCUUGGAACAAACAUGGGCACAUUUAAUGCUAAGUCUUGGAUUGGUUAAAGGAGCUUUAGAUAUUUUUUUAAAGCUUCAGCUAUGGGAAGAUGUAAUUACAUGUUACAAUAUAUUGGAAUUAAAACAUAAGGCAGCAGAAAUAAUUUAUCAAGAGAUAUCUAAAAAACCAACUGUUCUGUUAUGGUGUUUACUUGGUGAUGCAACCCAAGAUCCAAAUCAUUAUGAGACAGCAUGGAAAUUAUCUAAUGAAAAAAGUAGCAGAGCCCAGAGACAUUGGGGACUGUAUUACUUUGCAAAGAAAAAUUACGAAGAGGCUAUACCACAUUUAAAAUUAUCAGUUGAAUUAAAUAAUAUUCAAGAAAACGUUUGGAUGAGGCUUGGAUUUGCAGUUUUGCAGACAGAGAAUUGGAAAUUGGCAGCAACAGCAUAUAGACGUUACUGUGCUUUGGAACCAUCAACGUUCGAGGCAUGGAAUAACUUGGCAAAAGCUUAUAUAAAACUUGGUGAUAAAACAAGAGCUUGGAAAACCCUUCAAGAUGCUAUAAAAUGCAAUUAUGAUAGUUGGCAAGUUUGGGAUAAUUUAAUGGUUGUCAGCAUUGAUUUAGGCCACUUUUCAGAGGUAAUUCGAUGUUAUCAUCGUAUUUUGGAUCUGAAGAGUCGUCAUUUAGAUGUGCAAGUUCUUGAUAUAUUAACUCAUGCUAUAUUAAAUAACAUAAAUGAUUCGGAUGGGAAUCCUGCACAAAGAUUGCUUCCAAAAGCUUUAGAGUUAUUUGGAAGAAUUAGUUCCUCCAUACUUAAUAAUCCACAUAUUUGGAGAAUGUAUGGUCAGCUUACUGCUCUUAAAAAAACGGAUAUUGAUGAUGAAAAAGCAGUACAAUACUUGCAGCAAGCACACCGUGCUGCAGUUUCAGAUCCCAAAUGGUUACAACAAGAAGAAUCAAUUCAAAGAAAAGUUGUGUUAAUAACUGGAGCUAGCUCCGGUAUUGGAAUGGCAACAGCUAUCCAUUUUGCUCAACAUGGAGCGUCGUUAUUAUUAACAGGACGUAAUUUGGAAAAUUUAAAUGCAACUGUUGAAAAAUGUAAACCUAGUAAAUCGUUUGUUGUAACUGGGGAAUUAACCAAUGAAGAUGAUGUGAAAAAUAUUAUUAACACUACCAUUAAACAAUAUGGUAGAUUAGAUGUUUUGGUUAAUAAUGCUGGUAUAUUGGAAACUGGAAGCAUAGAAGAUACUUCGAUAGAGCAAUAUGAUAGGAUGUUCAAUAUAAAUGUACGUUCCAUAUACAAUUUAACAAUGUUGGCUGUUCCACAUAUAGUGAAAACUAAAGGUAGUAUUGUAAAUGUGUCAAGUGUUUGUGGAAUAAGAUCAUUUCCAAAUGUUUUGUCAUACUGUAUGAGUAAAGCAGCAAUUGAUCAAUUUACAAGAUGUUGUGCUCUUGAUCUUGCACCAAAGGAAGUUCGAGUAAAUGCUGUGAAUCCUGGUGUUGUAGUUACAAAUCUUCAUAAAAGUAGUGGUAUGUCAGAUGAACAAUUGAAGAAAUUUUUUGAGCACAGUAAAGAAACUCAUGCACUUGGCAGACCAGGAGAUGUUACUGAAGUUGCAAAAACAAUUGCAUUCCUGGCAAGUGAUGAUGCUAGUUUUAUUACAGGUGUAACUUUAUCUGUAGAUGGAGGUAGACAUGCUAUGUGUCCUCGUUAAUUUACAUUCCGUAUAUGAUUAUUUUUACUACUUUCGCUUAUAAAUAAUUUGAGUGUCUAUUCUAUUGGAAAUCAUAUUGAAAGAGUUAAAAAUGAAAAAAUUCAAAUAUCAAUACACCUUUUGUUUAAUGGUAAAAAAUGUAACUAUCAUUAAUAUAAAAUAUUAAACAUUUUAUUCUACUAAAACGGUAGUAUCAGUGGUAUCAUUGUAGCUCCGGGCCGCAAGCGGCCCUCUGCUCGGCAAUGGAGCGAACUAUAGCCCAACCUUAACCUAAGUCGUAAAAACUAAUACUGUUUUAGUAAUACUUCGACCAUUAUAUGUAUAGCCGACCUAAACUAAAUUAUUGCGAACCAUCGAUGUGUUUCUAAAACCAGAGAGAAGCAGUUGGCUGCGAAGUUCACGCAUAUACUGCCAUACAUUAUAUUUUCGGUAAAGAAUUUUUGCAAAAGUGCAUAGGAUUUCGGGGAUAUGUGUAUUCACCAAAAAUUGGGCCACGAAAGUCCGUAAGGUGUAAGGUCUACUCGUAAUACGACUGUUGCAGUUUUUACGAAACCAAAUUUGAGGGCGAAUAAAUUGACCAAUGAGAGUCGUAUCUUAAGUAACCACGUGUUCUCUCUAGGGCGCAUAUCCGGCGACGUUACCAAUAUUAUAAUAAUUAUUUGCUUAAUAACUAUCUUCUAUCUCCUUAACAAAAGCUUAAGGAAUCUACAAAAACUCACUGCACAUCUUAACACCACGUAUGAAAUAUUUUUAAAAAUGCCUUAAACAAUAUAUUUACUGGAAUAAUUCUUGAGGCAUGAAGUUGAAUGGUUAAAUAAUAUUAAUAAUUAUAACCAGUGAGUCAACUU